UGCCGACUCCUCUGACAUGAUGAAUCGUGUCUGGACUCGCGAUAACAUCGGACUGUUAGCUGUAUUAAAGACUACUGCAGCCGCCUGGACUCAUGGACCACCAGUUGAUCCAAAUAACAUUGAGCAGUUGGUUGUGGUGGCUAAUACACACUUACACUGGGACCCCAAAUUUCCGGAUGUAAAAACUAUCCAAUCCAUGAUGUUGACCAAAGAAAUCAUCUCCAUGGUAGAGAACGUGAGGAGAUCUUUUAAUUGUCAUGAAAGAAUCCUUAAGUUCUCAGACGUCAAGGUGCUGCUCUGCGGUGAUUUCAAUUCACUGAUGGAUUCUGGGGUAUUCCAAUUCCUGUCAACGGGUCAACUGCCGCUGAGUCACCCUGAGUUCCAGGGUUUUAAUUAUAUCAACGCGAUCGUGAACAUGAUGGGUGGAGAAUGUUGUGGCAAAAUUACCCACCCGCUAAAUCUGUCAUCAGCCUGCAGUCUGCAGAUUAUGCCGUAUACUAAUUACACAUACGGAUUCAAGGCGAUGAUCGAUUAUAUAUUUUAUUCGUCCUCCAACUUGAUGUGCCUCGGAGUCUACGGCCCCAUUCCGCAAGAAUGGUUCGAUAUGUUUAGUGUAGUGGGCUGUCCGCACCCUUUUGUUCCAUCUGAUCAUUUCCCGGUGAUAGCGGCUUUUCAAUUGACUGCUUAAAUGGAUUUGAUGUAGGAGUUACUCGGUCGACUUUCUAGAUGGGAUAGUCAAGUAUGAAAAAAAAAUAGUCUGAGAUUAUACAAAGAUAUUAAUUUAAUGUAAUAUGUCUAAAUUGUUUUGUGUAAAUGUUGCUAUUU